UUCUAUUUCUUUAACAUAUUAAAAGAAACUCAGAAGAAUAUUAUUAAUUAUAAAUGUCAAAAGCUUUAGCAAAGUUUACCUCUCUACAUGACGAUACUGCAAAGGACUUCAGUAUCACAGAUAUUGAUGUCACUAUCGGUAGGAAGAAAGUGUGUGGGCACAGAAUCGCAAAUACCAAGAUCAGUGGAGUCCACUGCCAAGUUCAACUUGAUAAAGAGACAGGAGUGUUUACCAUCAUUGAUAAGUCCACCAAUGGCACCUUUGUAAAUGACAAACGUAUUGGGAAAGACGAGCCUUCCACCCUUCAUAACGGCGAUAAGGUUUAUUUACUAAAUGAUGAGAACGAAGAUGAGAAAAUCGGCUUCAUUUUUGUAGCAACUUAUGAGAAACCUAGCAGCAAAGUCGGCAAGAAGAGAAAGAGAAAUCAAAUGGAAGGAUCAGAAGAGGAAAAAGAAAGUAAUACUAAUAAGAAAGCCAAGAAGAAGAACAAUUCUGCUGCUGUGCAGCAGAUGAAAUGCUCCUUUUGUCUUGAGAUUAUGUAUAAGCCUGUCUGUCUCAUCCCAUGCCUCCACAAUUUUUGUGGAGGAUGUUAUGCAGACUGGAUGGUUAAAAAUGGGAACUGUCCUGAAUGCAGGGACAAAGUAAAAUCCAUUAAGAGGAACCAUCUAAUAAAUUCUAUGAUUGAUGCUCACUUAAAGGAAAAUCCUGAUCAAACAAAGAAUGAUGACACAAAGCUAGUUCAGGAUGACAGUGAUUGCUUCACUAACGCAGUGGUAACCAUUACUGCUGCUAAGAAACUCAAGAAGGAGCAUGACAAAAAGAUUGCUGAAGAAAAGAAGAAGAGGAAGAAAACUCCUAACAAAUCCCUUAAGAAAAGUAAGGAAGAGAACAAAGAAGAAAGUAAAGAAGAAAAUAAAAAAGAGGAGGAGAAAAAGGAAGAAUCUAAGGGAAGAGCCAGAGCUUUCAGACCCAAAUGUAAAAAUUGUGAAAAGAGUAUCAAUGGGUUUCAAUGUGAUGAAAAUACAAGACAUGUGGUAUGCACAGCAUGUAAAGUAGCAUUCCCAUUAACUGGAAAGCCAGGCAUUCAGCCUCAGUGUAUAUGUUGUAAGAACUAUUUCUGCCAUCAACAUUGGCCUUGUAGGAGACAGACUACUAAUAAGGUAUCCUCCCUAGAGACCUUCCCAUUCGUAGGAAUUCCUCAGGAUGCAUUGAGUAAGAACUCAUAUGAGCAGACUGUUCUUAAAGAUUUUGUCAGAGGCAAUAGAUUCACCAAUAUUCAGUUUAAGAAUGACAUCUUUACAAGGAUGGAAGCUGACCAAAAUUGGGAUAUCACAGACGCUUUAGGAGUUAAGCAAACCUUAAGAAAGAACUCUUCCAUAUGAAGGACAUGAUUUCCAAACAUAUGGCAGCAGGCUAUUUAUUGGUAUAGAAAUAGCAUUACUGCUAUUUUGCCAAAUAAUGUGCAAGCAAGGGCAGAUUGCUGGUAUGGUCAUGAGUGUAGAACUCAGAUUCAUAAGUAUGCUCAUGCAGCGAAGCUAAAUCAUAUUUGCCAACCAAAAAGAUAAGGACAAUAAAUUUCAACUAUAUUGAUUUA